AUGGGUUCAAUAGCGAAGGAAGGUCCUCCCAGCAAGGGACUCAAUCUCGUGGAGCAGAUCUCCCAAAAGACGUCUGGCCUCAUUCAGUCCGACAAGCACCGAGAUCUUCUCGACAUCAUCGAUUUGCUACGUUCCAAUGGAGUUGAUCAUUAUGUUGACCUACCUCAGAUCAUUGUAUGUGGCAGUCAAUCGGCCGGAAAGAGUUCCACUCUUGAAGCAAUCUCGGACAUUGCGUUUCCAACUGCUGAAGGACUUUGCAAAAAGUCCGAGUUCAAGGUUCACAUUCAACCUUCGGCCAGCAGGAGUGAGCAGGAAAAGGCUAAACUGCUGAAGUUUUCCGAGCGAACAACGGAUCAAAAAACUUUCGGAAAGAUCAUCGAAGCGGCGAAGAUUGAACUGGGACUCUCCGGGGCCGGUCCCGACGCCAAAGUUUUUAGCACCGAUGUGUUGCGAAUUGAAAGCACCUCACCAAUGGCACCCAACUUGACACUCGUCGAUUUGCCCGGGUUGUUUGGUGCUUCAGAUAAGAACCAGUCGGAUGACGAUGCAGCUCUAGUACAGAAUUUAGUAGUAUCUUACAUGAAGCAAAAACGAAGCAUCAUCCUGGCAGUUGUCUCGGCAGACCAACCUUUUCCAAAUCAACCAGUCACUAAGUUUGCUCGAGACAUUGAUGCUCUGGGAGCUAGAACACUUGGAUUGAUCACUAAGCCGGACAAGAUCAGCAGAGGCUCAGAGAGCGAGAAAUACUACGUUGACAUGGCACAGAAUCGCAAUGUACCGCUUAAACUGGGAUGGCAUGUCCUCCGCAACAAGGGAGAUUCGACAGCGGAUGACACCAUUGAACAACGAGAAGCCAGAGAAGCGGAAUUCUUCUCGGAAUCCAGCUGGGGAAAUGCACUCCAACCAGAACAGCUUGGUGUCGUAGCUCUGAGAGAGCGCUUGCGUAGCACGCUAUGGAAACAAAUCAACGAUGGACUCCCUGGUGUCAAGUCCGACGUCCAAUCAGGCAUCAAAGACUGCAGCACUAAAUUGCUGCAGCUUGGCAAAUCACGCAGUUCCAAGAUGGAAAAGCACAGCUAUCUCCACAAGAUCAGUGGCAACUUAUCUUUCAUGAUUCAGGCAGCAAUCGAUGGAGUCUACGCCGAUCCAUUCUUUGCAUCAUUCCCUGGCCAGCAAGAUGCGUUCGAAAGGCGGCUUCGCGCAAAUAUGCAGAAAAUUCUCACUAUCUAUGCUGGAAAGAUGUGCAUUCGUGGCCAUGCUCUAGAGAUAGUAGAGGACGACCAAGAGCCAAUACGCACUUCACCCUCUGAUUACAUUAUGAGAAGCUCAUAUUUGGAAGUGGUCGAAGAACUCAUGGUCGAGUGCAGGGGCCGUGAGUUGCCUGGAACUUUCAAUCCCCUGGUGGUUGGAGACCUAUUCAGCCGACAGUGUAAACCAUGGGAAGCUAUCACUCAAAAUUUGGCCGAGGAAGUUCACGAAGCUGCGGCGAUGACCUUCAACAAGAUGCUGUCCGAAAUCUGUGAUGAAAACACCAGACUUCGUCUAAUGCAGGGUAUUAUUCAGCCUUCAUUACAUGAACUUCGAAAAGCAUUGAAGAACAAAAUAGACGAAUUGCUCCGGCCACAUCUAUCCAUUCAUCCAAUUACCUACAAUUAUUACCUCACCGAAAAUGUGCAGAAGAUUCAAGGAGAUAGGCAUGACAGAGCCUUUGACGCUUUGUCUUUAGCCGGCUGUGGGGUUACUACGUCGACCGCAAGAAACUCGGAAACUGUACCGCUGUUCAAAUUGCUCACGAAUCUUAAGAACGGAACCCGGCCGGACGUGAAGGAAUAUUCCGUUUCGCUUGCCGCUGAUGUGGCUGCCGCUUAUUACAAGGUUGCACUCAAGAAGUUCAUCGACGAUGUCAGUGUGAAUGCUGUUGAGGCAUGUCUCGUCCAGCAUCUCCCAAAAGUGUUCUCACCAAAUGUUGUAUGGGAUUUGUCAGACGAGCAAGUGGAGAAUCUUGGCUCUGAAGAUGCUAGUACUGUAGCCGAGCGUGCCGAGUUGCAGAAGAAGCUGGACAUCCUAGAAAAGGGGUUGAAAGGCCUGGACGCGUUCACCUCGCGGUCUGGUGUUCAUGCGUUAUGA